GGGGGAGGGAGACGCCUGGGAGCCGUUGCGCCUGUUCGUGUGCUGCUCAGCGCGCGGAACCAGACGAAAAGGCGGGCUGUGGUGGCUCCUGCUCUCCUGCCGCCGCUGCCCUUCUCCCUCUCACUGUCCCUCUGGCAACAUGGCAGGGCUGAGCAGCAGCAUCUCGAGCUUCGGGAGGUGCACCCACGCCGUGGUGCGGGCUCUGCCCGAGUCCCUGUGCCAGCACGCACUGAGGCGAGAGAAGGGCAAGGAGGUGGACUUCGCGCGCGCCGAGCGGGAGUACCAGCUCCUGGUCGGCGUGCUGAAGACCAAGCUGGGGCUGCAGGUGCUGGAGCUGCCCGCCGACGAGAGCCUGCCGGACUGUGUCUUUGUGGAGGAUGUGGCUGUCGUGUGCGAGGAGACAGCCCUCCUCACGCGCCCGGGGGCGCCCAGCAGGAGGAAAGAGGUUGAUGCAAUGAAGAGAGCACUUGAAAGUCUUAACCUGAAUAUUGUAGAGAUGACAGAUGAAAAUGCAACCUUAGAUGGAGGAGAUGUUUUAUUUACAGGAAGAGAAUUUUUUGUGGGUCUUUCAAAUCGGACCAAUCGUCGUGGUGCAGAAAUUCUGGCAGAUACCUUCAAGGAUUAUGCUGUCUCUACAGUCCCUGUUCAUGGUGCUUUGCAUCUGAAGAGUUUUUGUAGCAUGGCUGGGCCAAACCUCAUUGCUAUUGGGUCAAGUGAAGCUGCACAGAAAGCCCUCAAGACCAUGCAGCAGAUGAGCGAUCACCGCUAUGAUAAGCUUACAAUUCCCGAUGACAGUGCAGCGAACUGUGUAUAUUUAAACAUUCCCAGCAAAGGCCAUAUUUUGUUGCACCGAGCCCCUGAGGAGUAUCCAGAAAGUGCAAAGGUCUUUGAAAAACUGAAGGACCACAUGAUGAUCCCUAUAGCCUGUACAGAGCUAGAAAAAAUAGAUGGAUCACUCACUUGUACUUCUGUCCUUAUUAACAAAACUUCAGAAUUAUGAAUUUACAGACUCCCUCCCUUGUAACUGGCAAUAAUGUACCUGCAAGGUAGAUGAAUCUGUAUCCACUUUUAUUGGUUUUCUUGACAAUCUACUGUGCCACUGUGCUACUAACCUUUGUUUACAAUGGUGCCCCUUUAGAUGGUAAUUAAAGUGUGCAUAUGG